UUCAUUGUACAAAUAGACACAAACCAAAUGAAGACUUUAGCCCUUUGGUUUGAAUGUCAGCAAAUGAUUUUGUUACUUUUCCAAGAUAUUUGUUAUUUAAAAAAACUGUUGUGGGAAUUUAACCAUUUUCUGUUUGUGAUGGAGGAAAAAUGAACACUGGAACAGCUGACGCAAGAACAUCUCGGAACCUCACACCUGCUAUAAAACUACCAUGGAGAACUCAACUAAAAUACUGUUUGUUCUGCAAGGACUGAAUGAGACGAUGUCAAGCAAACGCACAUUCUUUGUCGUCACAUUUCUCGCUUACCUUUUUACAAUUUCAGUGAACCUGACUUUGAUUGCGACAAUUAUUUUGGAGAAAACGCUCCACGAGCCCAUGCUUAUAUUUCUCUGUAACUUGUGUGUAAAUGGGAUAUUUGGUGCCUCUACAUUUUAUCCAAAAAUAUUGGUGGACCUUUCAUCUGAUUUAAGUGUUAUUUCGUACGAAGCUUGCCUGACCCAAAUAUUUGUAAUAUAUAGCUAUGUAUUCUGUGAGACCACUACGCUAGCAGUGAUGGCUUAUGACAGGUAUAUCGCGAUAUGCAAGCCUCUCAAUUACCACUCCAUCAUCACGCCUCAGAAGGUUGUGAAAUUAUUGCUUUUUACCUGGCUUUUAUGCAUUUGUGAAUCACUAUCAUUGGUGGCCCUGACAGCCAGACUACCCCUCUGUCGAUUCAACAUCGACAAACUUUACUGCACAGUUUGGGCCGUGGUGAAGCUGUCAUGCGUGGAUACCACUAUCAACAACGUGUAUGGGACAUUUAUCUUGUGUUUUAACAUUUCACAGGCAGUGCUGAUCUUGAUUUCCUAUGUCAAUAUCGUCAAAGCAUCUGUACGAUCGCAGGAAGAUCGGAGUAAGUUCAUGCAGACCUGUUUGCCCCAUUUAAUCUCAUUGACUAACUUCACGAUCGCACUCAUUUUUGACAUCUUGUACGCUCGCUAUGGUUCCACCACUCGUCUGCACGCUCUCCGCAGUUUCAUGUCCCUGGAAUACCUCCUUGUUCCACCGAUACUGAAUCCCCUCAUUUAUGGCCUGAGGCUGAACCAGGUCCGCCGGAGAAUUUUUAGAUUUUGCAGCCAGAAAACACAUGCUCUGAAAUGAAUAUUGUGUCAAGUGUGCUGUCCAAGCAGGAAAUUAUGGAUUUAAAAAAAAAAAUCUGUGAUUGGUUGAAUUUAACAUUUGGAGCUGAUACAUAGGCUUUUGAAUUGUUAUCAGUUCAUUUGUCUCAUUUUCUACCCAAAUUUUCUUCAAGAUGGAUUAAUAAUUCUUGUGAAGUGAUUUUGUUUGCAAACCCUGUAUAGCCUACUUUAAUUCUCUCGCACACAUUCAGGUAGGCCAACUGUAGGUGCUUGGCACACAGUAGCGUACACAUGUCUAGUCUCAGUGUUCUCACAGUGAAACUGCUUCAUAGUUAAAAACCAACCCCUAUAGUGUGUCCGGUCUCCAAAACACAGAUAUAUUGCUUAUGUGCAUACCUUCCAAAGGCAUGGAUAUGCAACUGUUUUCAAUGAGGAAAUGUGUGAUAACAUAUUAGAUGAUAUAUAUACAGUAAAUGGAAAACUUGUUUCCAGUAAUUCUUAAAAAGAUCAACACAGAGGAAGAAACUUGAAAAUUAUGAUGUGGCUUUAAAUAACUUUUGUUUCUGUUGUGAAAACACAUACAAAAAUUUCUAGAGGAAAAUGAUUCGUUUUUAAUCCUUAAAAUGUAUUACCUCAUAUGGACAUUGACAUCAUUGCAAAAAAAAAAAAAACUCCAUUAGCAACAGGCAAGAAAUGAUCGAAUUCACAAACAAAUCAGUGCAUAUACAAUAUCAAAUAAUGCAGAGAAUAACUCUCAGACACACUUUUAAAAGUAACAGAUAAAACUACACAGUUUAAAAUUUAAAGGGAAGUACAACAAAACUACACAUAUUAUGACACAGAAUGGGAAUAAUUCUGCAAGGAACACUUUUUGAUUGGGUUUGUCUCAUUAUCACACCCACACACACACACUCGCGCACACACAUUUUUGUAGAUUAAAUACAUAAUGUGAAGUGAACUGAUCAAAAAAUAAGAUCUUCUAUUUCGUGCAAGGGUGUUAUUUUUAAUUGUUAAAACAUGCCGACUGCAUUGGUGAUGCAUGCAUGCACAAUACACACCAAUCCGCGUCGCUGGUGGACCCAAUGCCACACAUACAUGUGCAGAUUUUUGUUUCAUUGAUGUGACGCAUUUGCCUCCAAGUGGUCACAUUGACUAUAUAGGUGAGACCACACUGGAACUUCCUUCUUUUAAGCCCUGAUGAAGACCAGCAGUUUGCAAAACAUGUUGGCUUUUUUCAUGUUCAGGCUUUUU